AUGGCUGAUAAAAGACCGUACACAGAAGCCAAAGCCUUCUACGCCGAUGCUAGCUACUAUGAUGGAUUCGCUAGCAAAGAAGAAAAAGAGAAUGAUGAAACCAAGACCCCAGGAAAUCUUCAAAUGAAGGUGGUAAGAAAAGAAACUGCAGAAACAGAGUUUUUCGAUAUGGCAAAUACAAGAAAGAAAUUUUACUUUGUACCCAAGCACCUAAGACAGCCGGGGCAGCCACCAUUGACGCUGUUAUCACCUGAACAACUAGAGCUUUUACAAGAAAAUUACAUGGUCCCGAUCCGGCCUAUUCCUCCAGUUGAGUACGUAGCGCCCGUACCUCCAGUUGCUCUGGUUCCCCCACCUAUUCCCCCUCCUCAGCCUGUUGUUCCAUUUACUGAGGCUCGUAUCCCACUGGUCGCACCUAUGCCUCCGCCCGAGGUGAGUGUUGCCCCUGCCUUUCCGAUACUGCCUAUAGGAGCUGAGCAUUUUCAGCAGUUGAUGCAGCUUGUUGCCACCGCACUGCAGACCCGUCAGCCAGCUACUGCUGAGGUUUUCGGGUAG